AUGCUCACCAUCUACGUCGUCUUCUUCGCCCUAUCAGCCUACUCCCUCAUCCCAACCACCGCCCAGAAACAAGCCCACGCUGCCCGCAGAGCCGAAAAGAAAGCCGAGAAGGAGAAAUGGGCCUCAUCACCCUACGACAACGAGAUGACUGCCGACGAACAAUGGCAGCACAUGUGGGAACUCCAACAACUACCUCGUACACCCGGUACCGUUGGCGGCAUGAAGUCGCCCAUGACACCGCGCACACAAGCAUUCAACAACCUGGGCGGAGAGGAGGCUGCGCACGGUGGGGGAGGUUACUACAGCAAUGUACCCGCGGGAGGGAAUGGCUGGUAUGGGCCGCCACAACACCAGCCAGGCUCUAUAACCAUCAGUCCGGUUAUGGAGCAAGACGAGUACUACUCGCCACAUGAGGGCAAGGGGAAGACACCGGGUUGGGGCGGUAAUGCGUACUAA